CGGUCACGUUUUCACACGGUUUCUCAUUUUGCGAUUAAUAGCUUCCCGCUUUUUGCCGCUCCUCAUGGUCUACUGCGAUGCCCAACCCACCGCCGAGGUCGAACUGAAAGUGGAGCUUUUAAAGCUUUUCAAUCAAGCGUCGGGCGGGCGUUUAGUCAGCGUGCUUGGGUUGAUGCAGGCCUGUCCGUAGAUCGAUCAGCGUGUUCGCAGUCCGCGAACAGGCCUCAUCCAGUGCCAUAAUUAAACUGAACGCUGUUCUGAACGCUGUUUGUCCCCGGCUGUGCUUCCCAAAAACAAAACGUGUAUCAACUAUCAAAACCGGGGCGUGUGUGGAAGUGAUGACAGAUUGAAGAUGUGAACACCGGACACCCCCGAUAGUGGGGACGGCCGAUGAUACUGAGCUCGAUUUUAAUGGGCACGCUUGUGCGAUGCUUUUCCGGUAUUCCGGAUAUUAGCGGUGGCUGAGCGAUGACAUUCCGAGAUGCACGAUGGCACGCAUAUGUGUAUAAAUAGCAAAUAUUCACGGUAUGCUGUAUGGUAUUUCGUUCCGCUUGGUCAGUGCAGGUGCAACGGUGCCAGCUGCGUUAAAAAAAAGCAAUAGGGCAACGCUUUUGGGUAGCGGCUGUGCGCUGCUUAGUAACGUCGUAGGCUACUCUGUCGAUGAGUACACAACGUGGCUGUGGAUUGCUGUCAGUGAGGUUUAGUGCAUCAUGAAGAGCUUGACUGCUGCAGCUACGUUGCUUAGCAGCGCUUUGGUGCUGCUGGUGCUGUGUCAAGAAACGGACGCUCUUUCCGUACGGCCACGCCGUGACCUGGUGGAGACGGGCAAGGCAGUGAUUCUGCAGGGUGUCUCCAAGCUGAAGGACGCGCUCGACCAUGGUGUGAACGUGAAAUCGGAAGGAAAGCGCUCUAUCGAUAUAUUUGGCUUCAAGUUCGGCGGUGGGUCCAGCGUGAACACCGGCUUCGGUGACGCGGCCAACGAGGACGCGUCCGCGAACGAGGAUGAUCUGGUGCGACGUCGCCGGGCACUGGAUGUGCUGGGGGCAACGUACGCGUACGUUAGCCUGCUACCCCAGUCACCGCACGGCACGAACGUGAACAUCGUGAAGGUGAGCUCGGUCUCGAACGUGAACAACUUCGGGGAGCUGCCGGCAGCCGAAACGGCCACGACUGUGGCCGCACCCGUGGCCGAGCGACGUCGCAAGCGUUCCCCGGAUAUGGUGCAGUUGGCUGCUUUCGAAAAGAAAUCGCUCUCGGUAGAUAGUGUGAUCGGUCCGGACAAGAAGCAAACAACCCAUGAGCGGUUGGAAUCGGUGCGUGGAGGAAGUCGUACACUGUUGAGGGAGGAUGUGGCACGCAAUAAGCGCUCACCUCAAUCGGAUAGGCAAGAAGAGGGGCAAGAUGGCGAACCACCGAAGGGGCCACCACCACGGGGCGGACCCAAGGGUCCAAGGGGUCGCGGACCACCACCUGGAUGUCCACCGCCUGGCGGAGAGGAAGAAACAACCGCGACCACGGCUACGGUGGAGCGUCGGAAGCGGAAAGUUGUUGAGUUGGUGGAAACGGAACGUGACAAGCGAUCUCCCAAAGGUGGUCGCGGUAGUGCCUCUUGCCGUGGUGGUGGUGGAGGCGGAGGCGGUCAAGGUACUCCUCCCCCGAAUGCAGAGGUACGCCGGAAGCGAGACACCUCCAACGAAAGCAGCGACUACAGCACUUCGGACGAGUCGGAUGAAGCGGCAGAGCAGAACAGGGGACGAUCGCUCGCGGCGCAUCGCAAUCGGCGCCAGGCACUGGGUGGUGGGGAGAUCUCGGGAAAAGUGGGCAGCUGGUUCGAGCAGCUGGCAGGGGUGUUCGUCGACACAGUCAAGAAGGUGGUAAACGUGACGAAGAAGACGUUCGGCAAGGGACAAGAUGAACCAUAAGGAGUGGGUCGCGGUGGGUUGCGCAUUGCGUUGCGCUGUUUGUUGUCGUUUCUGUGUCGUUGUUUCGUGGUGUUUUGAAUCAUGUGAAUUGUUCCUUUAAUUUUAAAUAAAUUGUUGUUAAAUAAAUUUGAAGAAGUUACAGAAUUGAAAAAAAUC